CACUGCCGCCACUCUUGCAUCCCAACCAAUAGCCGCUCCUUCCUGCAUCGUGGUAGGUCCGCGCCGGCGAUAAGCAUUGGAGGAAGCUCGUAGCACCGCUGCGCCCUAGCUCUUCCCAUCUACGUCGCGUGCGUCCCUGGAGGGAUAGGUGGGUAAACGCGGGCUAAGAUGGCGGCAAUUGAGCUGUUUGCCUCUCCCUUAGGGCGUGAGACGCGUGCCUUUAUACUCCUUUGUCUUUGAAGGCCAGUUCGCUGUACCGUCCGUUCGCGCUUGAGCUGCAUUGUCAUUCCUCCCCCAUCGCAGCGCUGACAUCAUGCUUCCUUCGAAACCGCAGAUAAUCCAGCAGCAGCACAGAGACGCGGCCAGUAAGCUCCAUGUCAUAGUCGUCGGCGCUGGCCUCGGCGGCCUCGGAGCCGCCAUCUCCAUCCUGCUCGCCGGCCACAGCGUGCACAUCCUCGAAUCCGCGCAAGAAAUCGCCGAGGUGGGCGCCGGCAUCCAAGUGCUGCCCAACUCGUCGCGGGUCCUCUUCGCUUGGGGCAUGGAAGAAGCGCUCUCGAAGCAUGCGACGCGGCCGAAACAGUGCAAUUACAUUGGCUGGAAGGGCCAGCGGAUUUCGAGCAUGGACUUCCACGAAUACAUGAAGGAGCUGGGCACGCCGUUCUGGGACUUUCAUCGCGCGAAUCUGCACAUGGAGUUGUUGGAGCGGGCGAAGGAGCUUGGGGCCGAGAUCGAGACGAAUGCGAGGGUGGAGGAUGUGGAGUAUGAGCGUCCGUCUUCAGACCGGACGAUAGCUGUUGCAGUGCUGGCGGAUGGGCAGAAGAGGAAGGCGGAUCUGAUUGUGGGUGCGGAUGGCAUUAAUAGCAGGUGUAGGGAGAUUCUGCUGGGUAGACCGGAUCCGCCGCUGUUGACGGGAGAUCUCGCGUAUAGGUUGCUGUUGAACACGGAGGAUAUGAUGAAGGACCCGGAGCUGAGGGGAUUCAUCGAGGAUCCGCAGGUUAACUACUGGAUGGGUCCUGAUGCGCAUGCUGUCAACUACGUUCUCCGCGGCGGCAAGCUCUUCAACAUGGUCCUCCUCGUCCCCGACGACAUGCCCGCCGGCGCCACCACGCUCGAAGGCAACGUCGAGGAAAUGCGCGCCCUCUUCAAAGACUGGGAUCCGCGCAUCCCCAAGCUACUAGCCCUCUGCGAGUCAGUCUAUAAAUGGCGCCUGUGCAUCCGACCCAACCUCAACCCCACCUGGUCCCACGAAAGCGGCGCCUUCACCAUCCUCGGCGACGCCGCACACGCCACGCUUCCGUAUCUCGCAUCGGGCGCGGGAAUGAGUUUGGAAGACGGACACGUACUAGGCCUAUGUCUGGCAAGGCUAAGUGGAAAGAGCGAUGCGGAGAAGCGGAAGGCGCUUAGAGUGUACGAGCGCUGUCGGCGCCAGCGCACGGAGCGCGUCGUUACGCGUGGAAACCUUCAGCAGCAUCUCUACCACGUGCACGACGGCGCGGAGCAGCAGGAGCGCGACCGGUUACUCCGCGAGUUUGCGCACUUCAACGGGCAGGGCCCUGUGGGCGAGGAGAGGCUCAGGGAGAGGGGCUUGGCCGAGGGAAGCGAUCCGUUUCCGUGGCGCUGGCAUGGGUGUGGGAAGUGGUUGUUGACGUAUCAAUGUGAGCCGGAUGUCGAGAGGAGAUGGAUGGAGGUGGAGGAGGAGAUGAGGGGAGUGGUUAGUGCGCUGGAGGUGGAGAGGAGGGAGAGGGAGGAGGUGAGGGCUGUUCUGUAGGUGAUGAUAUGGAAG